ACAAAUUCCCCAUACGUCCUUCACGCACACAAAACACGUCAACUACUAAACAACACAUUUUCGUCAAACGAAAAAUAGGAAUGGCCGACUGAAUUAUCCCAUUUUGACGGCCGUUUCUUAGGCUGAAAACCUUCAACAUGUCUCUUCACUUUCGACUGAAGAGUGCACAUGGUUUCCGGACCAGAGCAGAGCGAAUUGCUAAGGUGUCAUUUCGGGGUGUGAGUCAGACAACAGCUUGUAUUGUAAACCAUGGCGGAGAGGUACUUUGGGAUGAAAGCUUUGAAUGGCAAAUUGGCAGUGCCAUUGAGUCGCACGAGGCCAUUGAGGUUGGUGUAUACAACUUCAAUAAGAUCCUCGCUAACAAAAUGUUUGGCAGCUUUAAGAUGAUCCUUCAACAGUUGACUACAGAGCCUCACAUCAACAUCUCAGAACCGCUCCUAGAUGCCAACAACACUGAGACAGGGAUCGUCAUCACCUUUGAGAUCCAUUACCAGGCCCCUGAUGGCACGGCUGGUGAUUGGAUGCAAGAGAAUUUCAGCCAGCGUAAGAGUCGCUCCCAGCAGGACCUUCUGUUUGAUGACGAUGAUAUUGAGUACCAGGGGGGUCAACACUAUGGGUCACAGACGAGUCUCAACACAAUAAAAAGCAACAAGAGCCUUAUUAGUGGAGUGAUGAAGUUCCGCAAAGGCAAGAAGAAAAAGAAGGGAGGAAUGAAUUUACUGGGGAUUGAAAAUCAACAGUAUGGAAUGGACUUUAUGGAUGGAGGGAUGCUUGGUAUAAAGCCAGAGGACGAUGUCAUCUCAUUAGGCUCGACGAGGAGCGAUGAUGAAGCACCGGAUGAUGACGGGGAUGUAGCUCCCGCUAAGAAAGUACGUCCAAUGAUGGGUCUAGAGGCAUCGUUUAAGUCUCAGGACUAUCAGGUGUCUGUGACGAUUCAUGAAGCACGCCAGCUUGCCGGAUUAGACAUUGAUCCAGUCAUCUGUAUUGAGGUUGGAGACAAGAAGAAGUUUACGAGCGUCAAACAGUCCACAAACUGCCCGUUCUAUAAUGAGCUGUUUGUGUUCGACUUCCACGAUCCUCGACAGAUGGUGUUUGACAAGAUCAUCAAAAUAUCGGCAAUGCACUCCCGCAACCUGUUGAGAUCAGGAACCGUGAUUGGUUCAAUCAAGUUUGAUGUCGGCACAGUGUACCGUGCACCAGACCACGGUUUCUACCGUAAGUGGGCCAUUAUGACUGAUCUUCAAGAUAUCAAUGGUGGAGUCAAAGGAUACCUCAAGGUUGACAUUGUCGUCUUGGCUAAAGGAGACAGUACUAAACCUCCCAAGAAGGCAACGGAUAAAGACGAUGAUAUAGAAGGGAACCUACUCCUACCAGAUAACAUCCCCAGAGUGCGUCAGAGAGCAACCUUCACUGUGCGUAUCUUCAAAGCUGAAGGUCUACCCAUCAUGAACUCUGGAAUCUUAGCCAAUGUCAAGAAAGCGUUCACUGGUGAACUAAAUGACUUGGUGGAUCCGUACAUCCAAGUCUGGUUCGGAGGUCAAACAGCCAAGACUUCAGUGAAGAAACACCGCUAUGAACCCAAAUGGAAUGAGCAGAUAGUCUUCAGUGAGAUGUUCCCUCCGCUGUGCAGUCGGAUGAAGAUUCAAUUGAAGGAUAAAGACUCUGUGUUGGAUGAUACUAUUGGAACACAUUUCAUUGAUAUGUCAAAGAUCUCAUAUGAAGGCAAUGAGGGCUUCCUGCCAACCUAUGGACCGAGUUGGAUGAACUUGUACGGCUCAAAGCGUGAAUACAACACUGUCGAUAAGACUCGUAAACUGAAUGAGGGGUUUGGUGAGGGAUGUAUGUACCGUGGUCGAGUCUUAUUAUCGCUGAAGACAGAGGUUCAAGAUGGAUCAUUAGAGACUGGUGGGAUCAGGGUAGAUGUUGAACCAACACUCCCCAUCUCGGAGGGAGCUGCAGGAAGGAAGGAUGAGUAUUUCUUUUUUGCUUCCCUCUUCGAGGCAAACAUGAUCGAGAAAUCCGUUGCAGAAAAACCAGUCAGCUUUGAGAUCACAAUAGGUAACAAUGGAAACCUGCUGGAUGGACGCAACCUCCACGCCAAGGUCACCUCUGUAGACUCUGACGAUGAGGAGCAGCAGUUAAUCGCCCCCGAUGCUGACGAUACCAGUCAGAGUCUGUCCAUGAUACCUCCUAUCCAGCCACUCACAACAGACAAGAGUUAUUACUACCUCCCGCUAGAUGAGAAUAAACCUUGCGUUUAUCUCAGGUUUACUACUGAGGAUCAUCGGAGGCGGCUCUAUAAUCAGAAUAUCCUUCUGAAAAUAGCAGAUAAACUUGACGAGGGACUGGCUGAGGUGAGUGAGAAGAUUGCCAAAGAGAAACCCAAGCCUGGAAAACAUCUCAAGACUGUCCUGCAAGAAUUUUGCUAUUCAUUGGGGACUUACUCCAAGGUGACGAAAGGAGCUGGCACUGCCGGCAAGACCAAACUAGACAAGGAAAGACACAAAUGGGUCAUACGAGAAAUGACUGCACUCAGUCAAGAAAUGCAGGAGUUGUUGGCAACCCUCAGCCUAAAUCAGAAUGGGCGUAAGGCACCAGUGAUGGGAGUGUCGCCCGAUACCCCUCGUAGGGGCAAGGAGGAGAUUGUUAAACAGGCCAAACGUCUCAACGUCAAUCCCAGGAAGGAGCUGAGUCCUAGAGCCUUGAGGGAGAAGGUCAAGGCGGCCAAACUGUUCCUUCAUAGAAUCAGAUUCCUGGCUGAUGAGCCACAGCAUGGUGUUCCGGAUGUAUUUAUUUGGAUGAUUAGUAAUAAUAAGCGUGUAGCCUACGCUCGCAUCCCAUCUCGGAAGCUACUUUACUCAGCACUAGAGGAGGAACGAGGGGAACAUUGUGGUGUCAUGCAGACACUCUUCCUUAAGCUUCCUGGCAAGAAGGGCGUGCAGGGGGUGAGUGGAUGGACCAUCCAAGCCAAGCUCGAUAUCUACAUGUGGCUUGGUUUGAACAAACAUAAGAAGGACAUGUUGAAGGGCUUACCGGCCGGUUACAUCCCUACCAAGGAUCUUAAGCAAGCAGUUAGACUCACUGGUAUCCCGCCACCGUUCGUUACCUACAAAGAUAAGUUUCACUUCAUGUUACGGUGUCAUAUUUACCAAGCAAGAAGCUUGAUCGGAUCUGAUUCUUCAGGUCUCUCUGAUCCCUUUGCUAGGAUCAUCUUUGGCAGUGAAAGCAGGUCAACCCGGGUGAUUGAGGAAACCUUGAGCCCAACAUGGAAUGAAGUACUCAUCUUUGAGCAGGUUACCAUUUAUGGCAAGAGAACAGACUUCAAAGACAAGCCACCAUUCAUCUGUGUGGAGUUCUUCGAUAUUGACAUUGGGGUCAACCCGAUAAAAAUAGCUCAAAAGGGAGGUGCCGAGUUCAUUGGGCGCUCGUUAGUGGUGCCGUACGUGAAGCUUCUUGAUGACCCAUACUCUAAGCCUACCUUCCCACCAUUACUACAAUGGCAUAGUAUCUUCAGAGGCCAGGCUCAGGCUGGAGAAAUGCUGGGCGCUAUCGAAAUGAUCCAGUUGACACCUACUGGUGGUGUUCCCUCUGAUGUCCUCAAGAUUGAGAUUCCUCCUAUUGACCCUAAGAGUAAGGAGAAACUACCUCCUAAAGUGGAGCUUCCCAUGGAGAUAAGACCCAAGCUGUGCCGUUAUAGGAUUGAGGUUGUGUUCUGGGGAGUUCGUGAGAUGAAACGUCUUCAGUUAAUGACAGUAGACAAACCUCGUUGUGAUGUGCAAUGUGGUGGAGAAACUCUCUCAUCAGCCAUCAUCUACAACGCUCAGAGGAAUCCGAACUUCCCUGAUAAUGUGCGCUUUAUGGAAGUGGACCUGCCUGAGAAUGAGCACUACUGCCCGCCACUGACCAUCCGUGUUGUUGACUGCCGCCAGUUUGGACGGUUCAGUCUCGUUGGUACCCACACAGUCAGCAAUCUAGCCAAUUACAAACUCAAUCCCAAGAAACUAGAGGCUAUUUCACAUACGCUACCAACAUCAGUGAUUUCUUCAAUGGACUUUGUGAGAGCGAGUGAUGUUCAGAAAACUUCAGCACCUCCAAGUCUUUCUCUUGGCUUGUCUCAGAAAGCAGGCAAUGGUAACGUCCUCUUAGCCCCACCGAUAGUGGUCGGCAACGGGCGUCACAACGGUAAAGCCAUGUCUAAGAUGGGCUCCAAAGCUGGGUCUAGACCAGCCUCAAAGGCGGGCUCCAAAGCUGGAUCAGUCAAAGGUGAAGAUAUUGUGAUCAAUGUGGAAGCCCCUGCUCCGGAGAAUGGAACACCCCAAGAGCCAGGUCAGACUGUCAUUGAUAUACCGGCUGAUGGGACAAAACCACCAGAAGGAGGGGAGAAAACCGAGCUCGGACCUGAUGGGCAGCCCAAGUCUGCGUCAUGGGCUGAGACUCCUGGAGGGCCACCAGCAGAAGGCAUCCAAACUGACAAAGCUGACGAAUCAGAUGAGAGUACUCUGGACUGGUGGUCCAGAUACUUUGCUUCAAAACUUGCCCUAGAAAAGGAGCUUGAUGAGUUGGAGCAGCGACAUGGUCCUAAUGAGAAUAAUCCAGAUAUGGAAGAUGGAGAUAGUGAUGCGGAACCUCUGCUUGAACCUGCAGUAGUUGUGGUCGAGGAGGAAACCAAGAAGAAAAAAGAUGCCAAGGAUAAGAAAGAGGCCAAAGAGAAGAAGGAUAAAGCGGCAGCAGCAGCCAAGAAGGAUAAGCCCAAGGAGCAGACAGAGAAGAGCGCUGCACCCGGAGGCAAGAUGAGUAAGAUGAGAUCCGGUAUGAAGAAACUCAUGAAGAAAGAAGAUGAGGACGAUGAGUUUAUGAUGAACAUGUUUGAUGAUGAAAUUGAUGUCGUAACAUUUGAGGUCUUCUUGACCGAGUUGGAGAAUGUGAAUGAUUUCCACGGCUUCAAGGAAUGGCUUCAUACAUUUGAACUCUACAGAGGAAAGAACACCGGCGAUGAUGAUAGCGAGAGUAGAAUGGUCGGCAAAUUUAAGGGAGCUCUGAAGUUGUAUAAAUGGCCUCUACCCAGUGAGUGGGAUAACAUCGGGGUCAAGAUUGACUCUAACAUGGGUUUCUUCCAGGGUUUACCGUUCAGUGAACCUAAAGCCGUCAUGGUUCGGAUCUACAUCAUCAAAGCCAUGGAUCUACAUCCAACGGAUGUCAAUGGCAAGGCUGAUCCAUACCUUCAACUUCAACUUGGCAAGCACAAAGCCAGCGACAAAGAAAACUACAUCUCCAAGAAUCUCAACCCAGUCUUUGGAAAGUGUUUUGAGUUUGAAGCUACAUUCCCACUGGAGUCCAAGCUGAAUGUCCAGGUUUAUGACUGGGAUUUAAUAGGCUCUGAUGACCUGAUUGGAGAGACCACUAUUGACCUGGAGAAUCGAUACCAUAGUAGGCACAGACCAACGUGUGGAAUCAGCAAGGAAUAUGCUAUCUAUGGGUAUAACAACUGGCGUGAUCCUGAAAAACCCAGCCAGAUCCUGACCAAGCUUUGUAGAGCGUUCAAAUUAGAAGGUCCCGUCUACAGCAAAGGGAAGGUCCAGGUUGGCAAGACUGAAUUCACAACUUCAGAAUGCUUCAUUGAUGAUGAAAGUGAUAACAAAGGUGUUAAGAAGCCAACAGAUGAGCAUGCCGCUCUAGAGGCCCUGAGGAACUUCUCAAAGGUGGAGAAGAUUGGUUGUCGUCUAGUUCCAGAACACAUUGAGACCAGGUCACUCUAUCAUCCAGACAAACCAGGAUUGGAACAGGGACGACUGGAGAUGUGGGUUGAUAUGUUUCCUAUGGACAUGCCUCUACCUGGAGCCCCUGUUGACAUAUCACCACGGAAACCAAAGAAGUACGAGCUACGAGUCAUCAUCUGGAAUACUGAUGAUGUGGUUCUUGAAGAUGAUGCUUUCUUCACUGGAGAGAAGAGUAGUGACAUCUUUGUCAAAGGAUGGCUUUUGGGAAACCAAACUGAUUGUCAAUCCACUGACGUCCACUACCGCUCGCUGACCGGUGAGGGUAACUUCAACUGGCGAUUCAUCUACCCAUUUGAGUAUCUGUCGGCAGAAGAGAAGAUGGUGAUUAAGAAGAAGGAAUCUGCCUUCUCACUGGAUGAGACGGAGUACAAGGUCCCACCAAGGCUCACCUUACAGGUCUGGGAUGCUGACCACUUCUCUGCUGAUGACUUCUUAGGUUCAGUAGCGAUGAAUCUAAACCGGUUCCCUCGUGGUGCAAAGACAGCCAAGAAGUGCACCCCAGAUCUCUUGAAGACAGACGGCAGUGUACCCCAGGUCAACAUCUUCAAGAUGAAACGCAUCAAGGGAUGGUGGCCAUUCAUAGCCAAGAGUGAACAUGAAGAAGAAGAACUAACGGGCAAAGUAGAGGCAGAGAUUACGUUGUUUACUGAGGAGGAGGCAGAGAAGAGUCCAGCUGGCUUCGCUCGGGAUGAACCAGACCCGCUGGAGAAACCAAAUCGGCCAGAUACCUCCUUCAUCUGGUUCUUUAAUCCACUCAAUGCCCUCAAGUACAUGAUCUGCAAUCGUCUCAAAUGGAUCCUGAUCAAACUCUUUAUCGUGACUCUCAUCGUUGCGUUCAUUGGUCUCUUCAUCUACGCCUCACCGGGAUAUGUAGUCAAGAAGAUCAUCGGUGCCUAGGAGAGUGGCUACAGUGUUCAGAGGGUGUUUUUUUCUUUCCUUUUUGCUAUUUGUGUUAUCCCCGAUCUAUCCAUAUCAUCCAUAUCAAUCAAGUAUCAGAUUUUGAUGGAUUCAGUACUACUCAAGUUUAAACUUUGCUCUAAAAAUGCAAAAGUCGUGGGUUCGAAUCCCACCAGAGUAAUAUGCCUGUGGGGUUUUUCACAGACCUUGGGAAAGUACAACAAAACGAAGUAAUUGAAUUAGAUUAAAAUCAGCGUACUCAAAUUUCUGUAUGGAGUUCAUUACUCACGACUUUUUGAUAAUGAACUUUCACAGAAAUUUAAGUCAUAGAAUUAGUAUAAAAAUAACUCAGUAAGCGUAGGUAAUUAAUUAAAUUUGAUAAUUAUGAUGUAAAUUAACUUAUUAGUAUGUCAAAUUACUAAUCCUCAUGUAAAGAUUUCAAGUUGAAAUGCAUGUAUAAAUGUUUACUAUUAAUGGUAUUCUUUAUGAAGUAUUUAUAAUAACAAAUAUCAAUAACUGUUUGAAAUUCCUUAAUUUGAUAAGAAUUUUUUGGGACUCUUUAAACAAAACCGUCUUUCAUGUAAAAUGUGCAAAAAUGGAAAGUGUGUAUUUUUCUACAGUGUUUUUUUUUUUUUUAAAUUAAUAUCAACUCUGCCCUGUAGUAGGGACAAUGUUUUUGGUGGUGGUGCAAUAAUCUUGAAAUAUUGUGGUCUUUCUUUUUUGAAGCAAGAAAGAAAUUAAGUUAUUCUAAAAAAGCUGUACUGUACAGAGAUAGAUGCAAAUAUCAUAUAUGCUCUAACUCUCAAAAAUGAAUCAUGAAUACCAAAGUAAUAAUGUUUUCACAAUUAAAAGAAUUACAUAUUUGCCAUUGAAUCAUUUUUGAAUGAUUCAAUGGCAAAUAUGUAGUUUAAUGUAAAUUAAAAUGUUAAAAACAUUUUAAUUUAAACAAAUCUGUGAAUGUUGUCAAACAGGGAACAGUUUGUAAAAUUUCAGUGAAACAAAAUGUAAUCAGAUAAAUAAUAUAGCCAAGGUUUCUUUGCUUUAAUUUGUGAAUGAAGCCCAUGAAUGAAUUGUUUUUAAAGUGAAACAUUUUUGUUGCCCUCUAUUCCUCCAUAAACGUACUUCUAAUAAGUAGUUAUUUGGUGUGAUCCACGCUACAAAGCAGUAAAGGUUGUAUAGUUUCUGACAAUACCCACAAACACAAGAUAGUGGAAACAACUGCCAACGUAGCUCGACCAGUUGCUAAAGUGCAAGUACGUUAAGCCUUGGGUCGUUGGUUCACAUCUCGCUCUAGUAAACUUGUCUUUGUUCAACUCCAAAUUGUAUAUAAACCAACAGUAUUAUACUUGAUAAAUUUCUUUUGCAGGUUGCAUUAUAACAAUCAAUGCUGGAUUGUAUUGGUAUAUAUGGUAAUUAACUUGUUUUGUUGCAGGGUUUAUUUUGGCAAUUUUAACAAUUGCUUGAAAUGGGUUUAUUAACCCUAACAUAACCCUUCUUUGCAGGAAUUCGCUGGAUGAAAUUAACCAUUUUUUAUUUCAGCAUGAGGAAUGUUCUGUUAACAAUGUACUUCUUUGUUAAUUCUCAUGUAACAACAUUAUUAUUGUAACUUAAAUGGAACAGUAUUGCCUUUCAGCUGAACACAAACUGACAGUGCAAGUCUUGCGUGUAUUCAAAUUGUUAGACCUGCGUAAAAAGCUUGAUUUUGUUUAAAUUAAAGUGGGAAUCAAAUUUCCCCUGAAUAUACAAUGUAUGUAUACACAUGAGGCUUGCAUUAGUCUAUUGCAUGAAAAGCAUAUACCGUGGCUUAAAUAAUGAUAAGCAAACAGUGUGGCGCAAUUAACAACAGUUUGAUGGUGUAAAAAUGUGCAUAGAUUCCAAUUCCAAUGUCACCCAGGGUUGCCAUAUUCUCAUUUGCAUCUCAUGGAAUGAAACUUUGGGAGUGCAUGGGUAACUAUAGGGCCCAAUUUUAUGGCUUUGUUACUGUCAAAUUAUGCGGUAAUUAUCACCAUUCCACACUUACUAUGCAAGUGCUUAAUUUUUGCGCAAGCGAUGUGUAAGCGAAGAAUGCCUAGUAACCAACGCGCACACGCGCACAAGCAAAAAUUUCUCGGUGAGCCGUGAACUUUGACACUGGUUUCUAAGACUGCGUCCAAACCAAGCAGCAAUGGCUUUGGCUAUGGACGUUGGCUGAAACAGCAGUGUUGAAUGAUAGUAGGCCUUUCAGUAAUCCGGCCAUAGCCACUGCUGAAGCCAUGAGCUUUAUUACCCGGCCUUGAUCUUUGCCAUAUUAAACUGACCAGUUUCCAAUCUUGGUUGUGGUGUUCUGGUAUACAUUCAUAUAUGUCUGGUAUAGCAUACAGGUGAUUGGGUUUCUAAUAUCUCCUUAUUACACUCCUUUACACGCUGCCUCAGUCGUCCGGAAGGAUCGAUCUCGUGGUUUAUGAAUCCCUUAAAGGGGAUGUAUCUAACCAUCUUAAGGAACUACAAAUGGUGUUUAAUUAAAGGUCUCAUCGUUGGCCUGCUCAUCUUCUUCAUUGCUCUGCUCCUUUACGCCAUGCCGGGAUACACCGUCAAAGCUAUCUUUGGCGUGUAGACACCAGACUCACGUUAGUGUGUGAUAUAUCUUUGUAUGCUGUGCUUGUUUGAGUUUGCACAGAUUCAAGAAAUUGUUCGCAGAUUCAUUUGUCAUGUUUUGCCAGAAUUUAGUUGCUGUGCAUGAUGUGAACAAUGUUUGACGCACUUUAGAAACUGUGUGAACAAACUGGGUGAACAUUAAUUGAAAUCAUUAUGAGUUUUACCAACACUUGAUUUCAAGUUAUAACAAUGAAAAGGAACAUUACUGUUACAAAGGAGGCUGAAGUAGUGACCCUCUUUUGACCCAAAUUGCUUAACUUGUGCAAUUUGAAGUCUGGUACCCUGUUCUCUUCAUUAUGAUGUAAUACCAGUCCUACAUUUUCCAACCCUCUACAGAACUUUUCGCCAGCCUCUGUUUCACAAUUUGACGGCCUAGAAAAUGCAAAGGGAGAAAUAUUCUUGAUUUCACACUUUCGAAACAACAUCGCUUUCCAACCUUGCUGGGGUGUUAUGAAGAAUUGAAAAUAUGUCCCUACAACUAAUCGAGUGUGUUGACCGUCUUAAAGGGUGUUUUAAUUUCAUUGUCAUCAAUUAAUAUUACAAUUAACCAGGUUUUGCACUUCUUUUGAUUUUCGUGCAGUCACUUUUGAGUUUGCCAUUUUAAUUGUAACAAAUUCAUGUCAAUGAAAAGAAAACCAUCCGCCAAAACAUUUGAAGCUCUAGAAUAUCAACAAUUGUACAAACUUUUGACAAAUCAGCGAUGGUGUUAAAGGAUUUGCUUGAUUGGUUGUGAACAACAUGGCUGCCUUAACCCUUUAGUCCCUGCACCGCCCGAGUUUGCUGCA